AUGUCAAUGAGACCGUGUGAUCAUGAACUUCAAUAUAAAGCACCGUAUCGACAUUUUAAUGAGUAUACUAAUUGCCGACGGGAUAAGGACUGUCCAACUAAAUACCAAUGUGUUAAACAUAAUCUAAUAGCUUAUUGUUUACCAAUCAUUAAAAUUAAUUUAACUCGCAAUGGUGUUUACACAAAUAUAACCCAUAGUUGCUAUAAUAAUGAGAUACUAGCUCAUAUAAAUGACCAUGGUACUGAUGGUACAUAUGAUUGUAUGGAUAAUCCGUAUUUUACCAGUAAACUUGUCAACACUAUUAAGCCGAUAAUUAAACUAAUAACACAAACUACUAUUACUAAAUCAUUAACAAUACCUACUGAGUCAAAAAAUAAUCGAUUUAUGAGAUUAAUGCCUAACAAUAAUAAUAAUAGACAGGACUUGAAUACAAGAGAAUCGGUAGAAAUACAUACUAUUCCUCGACAACAACAACAACAAGAUUUACCAACAGAACAGAGAGGAUUACUUACAGAUGAAAACACAAUUGAAGAACAAAGUUAUGAAAUUAAUAAUAAUACUAAUAAUAUAGUCAUAAAAGGAACAGUACUUAACUAUACAGACAACAUACCGGCACCAAUUGAACAAGUAUUAGAAAAUCAACAAACAUUAAACAAUCAACAACAACAACAAAUAGUAUCUUUAAUUGACCAUGAUCAAUUUUAUAGAAUUCCUAUGGAUAAUGGAAAGCCAGAGAUAGUGUUGUCUAAAAAUAAUUCUGAAUUAUUUCGCAAUUAUGUUAUUAUUGAAAAAAUUGGACAGGGUGGUUUUGGGGUUGUUAUGAAAUGCAGGGAAAAAUUAACGCAACAUGAAUUUGCCGUUAAAAUUAUUAGAAAAAAUGUUCUGGGUUUAAAUGAGGUAAAAACAUUGGUUGCAAUGAAGUCACCCUUUAUUAUUGAUUAUAAACACAGUUGGAUUGAAAAUGAUAAUAUCGAGUCGGAAACUACUUUAAAUACUACUCCUGAUGUUAACAAUGAUAACACAAACACAAUUAGCAUCAAUAAGUACCUGUGCAUCAAAAUGGAUCUGGCUAAUGGAUCGUUACAUGAAUUGAUAACCAUGCUCAAAUCAUUAUACAAUUACAAUAAUAAAAUGGUCGCACAAUUGCAUCAUAUGUUCAUAGCCUGUGAAUUGUUCAAAGAGAUAGCUCAGGGAAUCAAUUAUCUUCACUCACAGAUACCGCCAAUACUUCACUUAGAUCUCAAACCACGAAAUAUAUUGAUAUUAAUUUCUGAACCGUCGACUAUUGUGUGUAAAAUCUGCGACUUUGGACUCGCCGUCCACUACAUUAAAGAGGAGGACAGUGUGGACAAAAAACCGGCCAAACAGUUAGCACCGGGCGGUACUCCAGCUUAUAUGGCACCAGAAGGUCUGAUUGGUGGUGUUAAAGCAGACAUCUUUAGUUUUGGUGUAGUAUUACGCAAUCUGUUUGACCAUUUUGUUGCAAAUGAGGAUUCAAUAAGCAUUCAAAAUGUUAAGCGCAACGACUCUAAGAGUAGUCACUCGUUAAGACUGAGUGUUGAUUUGAUGUCAAUACAGUCCAAACAGAUACAGGAACUGAAAAAAAUGCUAAACAUUACGACACACGGAAUGUAUAAUAAAAGACCAUUAAUACAACAAAUCAUUAAUAAACAACAGGAAUGGGAUUGCGAUAGAAAUAAUGUGCUAAACAAUAGAGAAAAUAUCAUUACUAUGUUAACCGUUACUAACAAUCAGUUACUAUUGAAAUUGUUUAGACUUAAAUGUCAAUGCAAUCUAAACUAA